ACCAUUUUAUAUAGCGACUUCCUCUGCCGUCCAGUAUUAAGUUGUUGCGAAUGUCUUCUCUUGAAAAGAUAGGCGAGACAUAAUCUUUAGCUAACGUCAGCAUCAUCUUGAUGGCAAAAACUUCAUGACUAGCCAUGGAAACCGAAGUGUGUACCCAAUCCAAAUAAAUUUAAAAAGACAAAUAACUUUUAGAAAUGUCGUCCUCAUCAAGAUCACAGAAUACUACAACUUGUGUACACGUUCAUACAUAUGCGUAUGCGUGUUAAGUUUCUAUUUGUCUAUGCGUAUGGGGUUCAUGUCCUCCACAUAGUUGCAGAAGAAAGUCUGAAUGAAUAUUGCCUACACAUAAUUUCCUCCUAGACUUAACUCAUCUCUUGGUCAACAAUAGAGGCAUCUUUGCAUGUAGAAAGACUACAGAUACUAAAUUCAUGGAAAGAGAAGAGAUAUGGUUGGCAUUUACUGAAUGUGGGGCCAAGAACAAAGAAAACUUAGACGGUGACCGAUUCCUAAUCCCAGAAUAUAUAACUUAGCAUAUCUCACCCAUAUCAAAGGAGCAAUCACUUGGUAGCAUUAUCAACCAAGAGAAUUGAUAAUAAGAUACGUUAGUUCCUCCUUGUCCAUCUCCAAGGUGGUGAUUCCACAUCCACCAUGACGGCGGAUCAAGAACUACAAAUCAUUGUUCGGCAGGGAAAAGAACCAAAUCCAACAGUUCAAGAUGAAAGAAAUUCAGUCAGUAGCAGCCAAGCAGAAGUAUCUCACUCUAACACAUACAAACGGUGGCUCAGGGUGACUUUAUAUACAUUCUUUGUCAUUUCAGGCCAAACAGUUGCUACAAUUUUGGGCAGAGUAUACUAUGACAACGGAGGAAACAGUAAAUGGCUAGCAACGGUAGUUCAACUUGUUGGCUUUCCUGUGCUACUUCCAUAUUAUAUCUUGUCAUUUAAAACACAUGCAACAACUGAUAGAGAUGGAAAAAGAACCUCACCUAGGAACCGUGUAUUGGUUUACGUAGUGCUUGGACUUCUUGUAGGAGCAGAUUGCUAUCUGUACUCCAUUGGACUUCUUUACUUACCCGUUUCUACCUAUUCCCUGAUCUGUGCAUCUCAGUUAGCCUUCAAUGCUUUCUUCUCUUAUUUUCUUAACUCACAAAAACUUACCCCUAUCAUUUUAAAUUCUCUUUUCCUCCUAACUAUAUCUUCCACCCUACUUGCAUUCAAUAAUGAGGAGACAGACUCCACAAAAGUUACAAAAGGAGAGUAUGUCAAAGGUUUCAUAUGCACCGUUGCUGCGUCUGCUGGUUAUGGUCUAGUCUUAUCCCUACAACAGCUAGCCUUUCUAAAAGUCCUAAAGAAGCAAAAUUUCUCAGAAGUUAUGGAUAUGAUAAUCUACGUGAGUCUAGUGGCCAGUUGUGUUAGCGUGGUGGGGCUUUUUGCUAGCAGUGAGUGGAAAACUUUGAGCAGUGAAAUGGAUAACUACAAACAUGGGAAGGUAUCCUACAUUAUGAACCUAGUGUGGACAGCUGUUACCUGGCAGGUAUUCUCCAUCGGUGGCACAGGACUGAUCUUCGAGCUCUCCUCUCUAUUCUCAAAUGCAAUAAGCGUUUUGGGACUCCCAGUGGUUCCUAUCUUGGCUGUAAUCAUUUUCCAUGACAAAAUGAAUGGGUUAAAGGUGAUUUCUAUGAUCCUAGCUAUUUGGGGUUUCACUUCCUAUGUCUACCAACAAUAUCUUGAUGACAAAAACUUGAAGAAAAAUCAUGAAAUCACAACAACAGAAUCCCCUGACCCACCAGAAGCAGAAGAGUCAACUUGGCAAUCAAAAUAAGCUGAUAUUUUGAAAGAUGCUGUCCCGCAGUUUACAGACUCAAUCAAUCUAGUUAAGUAAACUUACUUUACUUAUCGGCCUGGAGGCAUCCUACAUUGAAGAAUACACAAUACAUUUUUGAUGCAACUAAUGUAAAGUCUCAGCUUGAAAUUUUUUGCAUCAUUGUAACAGGAAGUAGAUUUCAUUUAAAUAAGUAGUGAAUGACUUUGGUUUAGUUUCAAUUACGAUUACCCAAAUUACAUUGUAAUCUCAGUGAACCAACAAUCUUAAGUUUAGAACAGCUGAUUACAAAAGUUCAUCGUUUAAACUUGGGUUCAUAGCAGCUAAAGAUUAAAUGUAACUCAACCCUGUAUGUAACAAGAACCUGUAGGCAGAUUGAUAAAAGUAGAUAUUUAUUUAAUAAAAAACCAUGUCAAUUUUGUGAGUGUGACACCUGAUAAAAAUUAACCCUUAGCCAUAACUUAAAAAGAUUUCAAUGCACUAUUCCACUUUCUAGUUUUACCUGAAACAUUGUGAAACAAGGACACACAGAAAAUCAUUUCUAAUGAAGAAAGAAGAAAUAUUAAUCAGACAGGUCCAAACAUCCUUGGUGAAACAGAGCUUUGUACAAAAAGUAAAUGACCAGAAAUAAUACCAUUUGGCAGUCUCCAUCUUAGCAGUUAAUAAAGUGACUUCCUCUGCCAUCCAAUAUUGUGGUGCAAAUGUCUUCUUUUGAAAAGAGAAGCGAGACAUCAUCUCCAUAAAUGUGUUUCUAAUCCACAUGCCU